AUGGGAGGUCCUGAGCCAGCUUCUAAUUCGACAGAGGAUGCAGAAGCUAGUGAAAGAGGCCGCCAGUUCCAGGUGGGCAUCUUCGCUCACCCUAUCUUCAGUGCAGAAGGGGACUACCCGGCUGUGGUGAGACAGACGAUGGACGCCAACAGCGCAGCAGAGGGGAGACCCCGGUCCAGGCUGCCAUUCUUCACACAGGAGGAGGUGGAGUACAUCAGGGGGUCGGCAGACUUUAUCGGGCUAAACCACUACAGCACGGAGUUCGUGACGUCAGGUGUGAGUGGCAUAUCGCCGUCUAAAAGCCGCGACUCCGGCAUCGUCACUUCUCGGAACGAGGCAUCACCCUCUGGAUUCCGAAGAUUGUUGAACUGGAUUGUUAAUGAAUACCCUGGGUACCCGAUAAUUGUAACUGAGAAUGGUUGGAAGGAUCCAGGAGGACGUAACGACACUGACAGGAUCAAUUACUACAUCGGUUUCUUGGGAGCUCUCCUGGAAGCUGUGAACACGGACGAAGUUCCAGUGAUCGGCUACACAACGUGGUCUCUCAUGGACAACCUGGAAUGGAAUUUGGGAUUCACGUGA